AUGUCAGAUCCCAAGUGCUCAUGUGGUCAGUCAUUCAAAGAAGCCGCCCCGUGGUCAAAUGCCAAUUGCUUUGUCGUAGUGACUGGAGCUAGUCGAGGAUUUGGCAGGGCCUUUUGCAUACAACUUUUGAAGGAGGUGGCGGAACCGCGCACGGGCCACUGCCCCCCCGCAAUAUCACUUACCUAUUUCCUACUAGGCCGCGAUAUGAAGGCACUCUGUGAAACAGAGAGUGAGAUUAUUGCGUCAAUUCCGGGAAAUGGCACAACAAGCGUUGCCGUUUACUUCGAUGGUGGGGAACAGUUGGAUAUGAAUGCAGUUGAUGCUGUAACGCUUUCCAACACCCUACAACCCAUCUAUGAUGCAAUGGCCAAGUGCGCCAGUAGUGGUCAGCCUCAGUGGAACCUUCUUGUUAACAAUGCUGGCACCCUGGGCAACAUAAAAAGCCGCGCAGAUGAAAAUCUCUGUUUAGUGGAUCUAGAGAAGUACUUUCGUGUAAACCUCUUUUCUCAGAUAAUUCUCACAAACGUUUUUCUGCAUCACGUUGCCCCGGUGGCUCCCGCUACAGCGGGAGGACCCUACCACCCGCCCACCACGAUCUUAACCGUCUCCAGCCUCGCAGCAGUCAAGCCUCUUUCGCACAUGUUGACGUACUGUUGCGGCAAAGCUGCGCGUGACAUGCACCUCAAGUGUUUGGCGGUCGACCGUCCCUCCAUUUCCGCCUUUGUCUACUCGCCGGGGCCACUACUCACCGCGAUGUACGAUCAAAUGGAGAAAGAACAAGGGGACAUGAAGACACGCGCCUGGUUUAAGGAGCGACGGGAACAGGGCCUCGUUAUUCAGCCAAUGGAAUCUGCACGGAUGUGCAUUCGAUGGCUCAGACGACAACGGUUCUCAUUGCAAACUGGGGAAAUUCAGUUCCCAGCUCGUGUCUGUCCGGUGCACCAAGCGGACUAUAAGGAGCUGUGGAAGGGGCAGCAUUUGGAUUACUUUGAGGCCAGAGACCUGGAAGAGGCAGAAUUCAACCGGAUUGGCCUUUAG